AGGCAGCGCCAGCGCAGGACACGACCUGCAUCAUCUGCCUGGACCCCGUGGGGGACAGCAGGUCGUACGGCACCAUGGUGUGCCCGUCCUGCCGACGCGCCUGGUUCCACCGGGCCUGCAUCCAGAGACAGGCCCUGCGUGAAGGCAUUACUUUGCACUGUCCCGUCUGCAAAGAUGAGGAAGACUUUUUCAAUGACAUGAUCACCAUGGGGAUCCAUAUCCCACUCAGAGGACCAAUGCGGGACAACACUUCCUCUGUACAAAAGGGAGACAGCCGCAGGUGCUGCAGUGUCAGCAACUGCCGUUACCCACACGGCAGGGAGCGGGCAGGACAGGGGCCCUGGGAGCUGCUCCUCUGCAGCUCCUGCGCUGCACAAGGCACCCAUCGGCGCUGCUCCGGCUUGAGUCAGAGCAGAACAAACUGGGAGUGCAACGCCUGUGCUGGAGAGGGCACCUCCUCCUGCACCAGUUUGAACAGUGCUGCCUCCAGCAUCAGUUUGAAGAAUGCUGCCUCCAGCACCACCAUCCAGCAGGGACUGGGGCUGUCGCAGUUUACCCCAGCACCAGAGAGGAGCAGCUCCAGCACCACCAGCCAGGCACCAUCAGCACCAGCUCACAGUUCCCAGGUGCCUGAGAGCAGUGGCCUCCCCAGCGAGCGCAAGACAGAAUGGAGGAGAAUCGGCUCACGUUUACAUCGCAAUGACAAUGCCUUCGGUGAGCCCGGAGGAUGCUGUGGGAGCAGCCACGUUGCAGCCCUGAGUGCUGGGAGCAGCACCCCAAACUCUGCCAGCCAGGGGACAUCACGGUCCCCGAGGCACUCCGUGGCAGUUGGCCACAGCCGCCGGAGCAGACAGGGAGAGCGGGCCCAGACACGAAGACGCUCUCCGUUGCGGUCCCGGGCCCCAGAAUCCCCAAGCUGGCCCCAACGACGCCGUGGGAGCAGGCACACACCAGCCCCACGUGCUGAGAGCUGCAAGCACGGCUACACCCGACGGGGAGCACCGGGGUCCUCGAGGGAUUCCACAGCGGCUGAUGGAAGCCGGUCCAGGCAGCCAGGGCGGGCCCAGACUCGAAGCUGCUCCCCUCUCAAACCUCGGGCUGCAGAGUCCCAGAGCCGGCCCCGAAGACGCCGCGGGAGCCGCUCCAGGCGGCGAGGGCCAGCCCAGCGGCGCAGCCGCUCCCGGCUCCCACGUCGGUUACAAACCUGUCGCCUCAGCUAA